GUUCAGCUUCACCGGCAGCAGGGAGGCGAAGUCUCUCGCUCGCUCUCUCGGCUUCUCCGGCGAAUUGUCUUCAAGGUGAAACCGGAGGAGAGGAGGGGGGAAAUUAUUAUUAUUUCCUAUCAGCGAAAGGAAACCCGAGCUCUAUGGGAAUGGCGAAGGCUGAGGUUGGAGCACAGCAGAGCAGGACGAGCAACACCAGGAGCAGGGUCACACAGAGCAACUCCCAUCCCGAUGGGAGACUCUCACCGGCCCUCAAACAAAAUAACCAAGAUGGUGUUGACUCUACAAAGAAGCCGCUGCUCUUGCUGGCUCUGAUCUUCCUGACAGCUGCAGCAAUCAUGUUUAUCAUCUACAUUAACUUCCCACAGCUGAGCGAAGAGGAAAGGGGAAAGAUCAAGCUUCCCAAGGAUAUGGAUGAUGCAAAAGCACUUGGCCAAGUUUUGUCAAAAUACAAAGAAACAUUUUACGUUCAAGUCAUGGUUGCAUUUUUUUCAACAUAUAUUUUCCUCCAGACAUUUGCUAUCCCAGGCUCUAUAUUCCUCAGUAUUCUUUCAGGAUUUCUCUAUCCUUUCCCCUUGGCCUUGCUGCUGGUUUGUUUGUGUUCCGGACUUGGCGCAUCUUUUUGCUACAUGCUGUCAUAUCUUGUUGGUCGGCCAAUUGUCCACAAGUACCUUUCAGAGAAGGCUGCUGCAUGGUCAGAUAAUGUGAACAAACAUCGGGAGCAUCUCCUCAACUACAUAAUUUUCCUGAGAAUCACUCCCUUCCUGCCGAACUGGUUCAUUAACAUUACUUCUCCAGUCAUCAAUGUCCCACUUGGCGUGUUUUUUGUUGGAACAUUCAUUGGUGUUGCACCACCUUCAUUCAUCGCAAUUCAGGGGGGCACGACGCUGUAUCAGCUGACGACGGCCGGCGACGCUGUCUCCUGGAACUCGGUUCUGGUGCUCAUGCUGUUUGCUGGGCUUUCGCUUUUGCCCGUCUUUUUGAAGAACAAGCUGAAACAGAAAUUCCAGUGAAACCACAACUGCCUUUCGCAAACGAAAUAUCCUUCAAUCACAUUAGGCCAACAUGGCAUAUAUUCACAAGUAAAAAAAUCCGUAAAAAAAUGCUUUUUCUUUGAUCCACAAGUUGUUUAGCAACAUGUUUCAUUGAGCUUUCAUUAUUCCAAUUAACAGUUUUCUGGGCUCAUUUUUGUCCAAUAUUAGAAUGCAAUGAUGCAUUGUCAUAAACACUGUAAUUCUUGUAUGGCACUAUUUAAGGUGUGUAAAAUGUUACUAUUCAUGCGUUAUAAACAAAUAUUACCACUUUGAUAUGUGAUAUAUUUGUACAUUUUAAAUUCAUAUUCGUCAAGGAAAUGUGCACAUCUGUUGUACUUUUAAGAAAAGGUAUAUACUUAUUCUAUUAAAAUAAUCUUCAGUUCAUAAAUGUGCUUUCUAAACUUCUUUAAAAGCUUCCGUACCAUGAUAAGAAUACUUGUGGAUUUUUGUGACUGGUGGUGUACUAUUUGAAUACUAACAUGUUUGUUGAUAGGUCAACAAACUUUUUUUUUGCAUUGUAUUAUCUACAAAUGCCAUGAUUUAGACUUUCAGGAGUAAAUAACGAGUUUUAAUGCAGUGAAAAAAUCCCAGCGUAUCGCUGAAUUGAUAAGUUGUCAUAAGUGAACAUAUUUUCGUAAGAUUUAAACAACAAAUGAGACUUCAAGUUAAUUAACUGAAUUACAUUUUCUUGCAAGCUAUCACAAUGUACUACUGUAAAUGUUCAAUGUAUAAUUUCUUGCACACUUGUGUAGAAAUGUACAAAACGAUGACAUAAAAUAAUGCACAUUAAUACUUAAGUAUAGCCUAUGCAUAGUUUUCUGCUUUGAUUAUCCUGUACAUUAGUGACUUAUUCUGUAUCUUGUUAAAUUAAAUCUUCCACAUGAACAAG